UGCAGUCCAGGCGUCGCUCAAGGGGAAAGGUUGCCGCGCGGUCGCAAGGGGCGGGAGGAGUCUGGCGGUGAUUGAUGGGGAAGGGACGAAUGAAUAAAGGUACUUGUCUGGGGACAGCAAGGAUCCCGAGCGAGCUGCGGAGGCUACACGGUCAGGCAUUCCCUCAGCGUUUCGUCAGAGCCAGAUCCGCCCGCAGCUGAAGGGAGGCGCGCUCUGCUCCAGGGUAGCCUGGAACCCAGCUGCGAGCCAAGUGCGUCCCGGGAAGGAGGUCCCCCCCCCGGUCCCUCUGCGCCUGGUGCGUCCGGCCCGCGAGACUGAAAGCUGAAGAGUGGCCACCCGACUCCCCCUGGAGCAGGCAGCAGCAUGCAGCCGCUGCCCAGCCUGUGCGGACGCGCCCUGCUGGCGCUGAUCCUUGCCUGCGGCGUGGUGGGGGUCCAGGCUGAAGAGAGGGGAUUCCCGCCGGCCGGGGCCACUCCGCCACUUCUGGGGGCCGGAGAGAUAAUGGCGCCCCCAACUAAGACCUCCUGGCCUAGGGGUUCCAACGCCAGCGUGCAGCGGUCGUCCGCAUCUCCGCAGAUGCCGAAAGGAGGGAGAAUGGCGGGAACCCCACCGCGCACCCUCCCCCCGCCCCCGUGCGAAAGACCCAUCGAGAUCAAGGAGACUUUCAAGUACAUCAACACGGUGGUGUCCUGCCUAGUGUUCGUGCUGGGCAUCAUCGGAAACUCCACACUGCUGAGAAUCAUUUACAAGAACAAGUGCAUGCGAAACGGCCCUAAUAUCUUGAUAGCCAGCCUGGCCCUGGGAGACCUGCUGCACAUCGUCAUUGAUAUUCCCAUCAAUGUCUACAAGCUACUUGCCGAGGACUGGCCCUUUGGCGUUGAGAUGUGUAAGCUGGUGCCUUUCAUACAGAAGGCCUCUGUGGGAAUCACUGUGCUGAGUCUAUGUGCUCUAAGUAUUGACAGGUAUCGAGCUGUUGCUUCUUGGAGUCGAAUUAAAGGAAUCGGGGUUCCAAAGUGGACAGCAGUAGAAAUCGUUUUAAUUUGGGUGGUCUCCGUGGUCCUGGCUGUCCCUGAAGCCGUGGGUUUUGAUAUGAUUACCACUGACUACAAAGGAAGUUAUCUGAGAAUCUGUUUGCUCCAUCCCACUCAGAAAACAGCCUUCAUGCAGUUUUACAAGACAGCUAAAGAUUGGUGGUUAUUUAGCUUCUAUUUCUGCUUGCCAUUGGCCAUCACUGCAUUGUUUUAUACCCUGAUGACCUGUGAAAUGUUGAGAAAGAAGAGUGGCAUGCAAAUUGCUUUAAAUGAUCACUUAAAGCAGAGACGGGAAGUGGCCAAAACAGUAUUUUGCCUGGUCCUUGUCUUUGCCCUGUGUUGGCUUCCUCUUCACCUCAGCAGGAUUUUGAAGCUCACUCUUUAUGAUCGGAAUGAUCCCAAUAGAUGUGAACUACUGAGCUUUUUGUUGGUAUUGGACUACAUUGGCAUCAACAUGGCCUCCCUGAAUUCCUGUAUUAACCCAAUAGCUCUGUAUUUGGUGAGCAAAAGAUUCAAAAACUGCUUUAAGUCAUGCUUAUGCUGCUGGUGCCAGUCAUUUGAAGAAAAGCAGUCCUUGGAGGAAAAGCAGUCAUGCUUAAAGUUCAAAGCUAAUGAUCACGGAUAUGACAACUUCCGUUCCAGUAAUAAAUACAGCUCAUCUUGAAAGAAGGAAUAUUCAUUCUCUUUACUUUGGACAGAAAUCAUUAAAACAAUGAGGCAUCCUCCAAACAAAACAAAA